UGUUCUUUUCAAUCUGCGCCGCGACAUCCUGAAGUCUGAACCCUUGGAUGAGGGUCAUUUGCCGACAGGAGGAUAUUUAUUUAUUUGUCGUGUUCCUCCUCUCUGUUUUGAAGACUUCCUUCUCGAGCAGAAGGUGUAAUAGAAACCAGACGCCAGCCAGAAUGUGAGGCAUGCGCCGCGGCAAGAGCUCACUUCUUCCCAGAGUGGGCAAACGGAAUGAAUAGAAAAGUUCAGUCUGACAAGUUCCGUCAUUGUUUUAGUUGUUGCGGUUGUGGAAGUUAUCAAUAGGACGAGGAAAGGCCAGCAGGACGCUAGGAUGGAAGUGGUCACUGGAUCCGACGGUGCAGGGGACAUGUAGAGAGCACAGGAGACGUGCAGGAUGGGAAACGCAGGGGCAACUUCUCAAGACUCUAGUUGACAAGCUUGUUGGAGCAACAUGAGCUGGAGCUUUCUCACUCGUCUCCUGGAAGAGAUCCACAAGCACUCCACCUUCGUGGGGAAAGUGUGGCUGACGGUGCUCAUCAUCUUCCGCAUCGUGCUCACGGCGGUCGGAGGCGAGUCCAUCUACUCGGACGAGCAGGCCAAGUUCACCUGCAACACCAAGCAGCCGGGCUGCGACAACGUGUGCUACGAUGCGUUCGCCCCCCUCUCGCACGUCCGCUUCUGGGUCUUCCAGAUCAUCAUGAUCUCCACUCCCUCCAUCAUGUACAUGGGCUACGCCAUCCACAAGAUCGCACGCACCACGGAGGAGGACCGCCGGAGGCACGACCGGGCUCGGCAGAAGCCUCGUCCUCACCCCCGCUGGAGAGAGAGCCGCCGUCUGGAAGACAUCUUGGAGGAGGAGGAAGACGACGACGCCGAGCCCAUGAUCUACGAGGACGCGCCGGAGGUGCUGGAGGCCAAACCCGAACCGGCGGUCGGCACCGGGAAAGACCCGCCCAAACACGACGGCCGCCGGAGGAUAAUGCAAGAAGGCCUGAUGAGGAUCUACGUUCUGCAGCUCAUGUCGCGAGCUAUUUUUGAAAUCGCUUUCCUCGCGGGACAGUACCUCCUCUACGGCUUCCGGGUCAAUCCGUCGUACGUGUGCAACCGAAUUCCCUGUCCGCACAGAGUGGACUGUUUCGUCUCCAGGCCCACGGAAAAAACGAUCUUCCUGCUCAUCAUGUACGUGGUGAGCUGCCUUUGUCUGGUGCUGAACGUGUGCGAGAUGCUUCACUUGGGAAUCGGCACUUUCCGGGACACCCUGCGCACGAAGAGGAACCGGGGCCGACGGAUGUCCUACGGCUACCCGUUUACCCGGAACAUCCCCGCCUCCCCCCCGGGGUACAACCUCGUGAUGAAGACGGACAAACCGGGCGGGAUCCCCAACAGCCUCGUCGCCCACGAGCAGAGCGUGGCCAACGUGGCCCAGGAGCAGCAGGGCGCCAGCCCGGAUGAGAAGAUCCCGUCGGAUCUGGAAAGCCUCCACCGGCACCUACGGGUCGCCCAGGAACAGCUCGACAUGGCCUUCCAAACAUAUCAAACCAAAGCCAACCCGCAGGCGUCCGGAACCAGUAGUCCGGUGUCCGGAGGCACGACGGCGGAACAAAAUCGAGUCAAUACAGUCCAAGAUAAACAAGGAGCGAGGCCGAAAUCCGCCACGGAGAAAGCGCCCACCAUUGUGAAAAAUGGAAAGACCUCUGUAUGGAUUUAGAGAUAAAUCUAAUUUAGUAAAUUAACAGUAAAACACUUUGAGGACUCCAGGACUGCACUGUGACACAGCUGGAGGACGUGUGUGUGUGUGUGUGUGUGUGUGUGUGUGUGUGUGUGGGCGUGUGUGUGCGAAACUGUGCGUGUGUGUGCGUGUGUGGGAUGAAUUAUAAAAAUAACAAUUGAGAAUUUCAAUCACCCGCUGAAGGAGUACAGGACACAGUUUUUGGGGAUUUCAAAAGGAAAAACACACAUGUGGAACUGAUCAAAUCCAGUAUCACGGAUCUUCUUUGGCACCGUAGUUUGUCAUGUUGUGCUUCCCAUAGCUUCUGGACAUGGUUAGCAUGUGCUUAUUUAGUUCUACAUCUCUAAUUCCAGCUAAAAUGUCAAAGUAUAAACAGACUGCUUCGAGCUAUUUAUCUGAUCUACCCUUGACUGCCGCUGAACUGGAUUAAUCUAACUUCGGAAAUGUGAUUGUACCCUCAAUCCAAAUAUGAAAAAGACGCAGUGAAAGAACACUGUAGAAAAUGCACAAUGACUCACUUCUGAAGAAUGAGGAUUAUCGUUGGGGAAAGCUGCGUGUCGGAAUGUAUUUUUGGAUGUCGUAUGGUGGAGUGUUUCUGGAAGCACAUGAAAUGUGAAAUAUGUUGAUAAAGAUAAUGAAACUGGGCUGGCUCUUCUGGUGGACAUCUGCUCAGUGUGAUGAUCUUCAGUCAUCGCGUGCAAAGCCUUUAUCUAUUCUAUAUUUUCCAAAGCCUUGCAGUGUCACGUUUCAAGGGGAAGAGGUGAGUGAAUAGAAAAUCUGAUUUCUUUAAAAAAAAAACUAAAUAUUGAUUUUCCCGCAACCGGAAGCAGAUGAUGCAUGCUUUAGAACGUAAAGUAUACACAUAGCCUACAGUAGAAACCCAUCCUGAGCGAUUCAACAUAGCUCGAUAUUUAUCUUAUGUUUAGACAUGUUAGGUCUUGAAGAUGAUUCGUUUGUUUGUUUCUAAAAUUGGUUUCUGAAUAAUAUUUAAUCCUGCCUUCACUGUUGUCAUACUUCAAAGUGCCUAAAACUUUUAAAGACUGUUCUCGUAUUUCAUUCAUGAACAAAUAAAGUCAUUUGAAACCUU